GUUAUGAGAAGAAAAUAGAAGGCGUCAGAUCCUGACAGAAGGUAGCGACGUUUCUAACCAGGGCAUUUAAUGCUAACGUGUGUUACACAGUUGAAUGGUUAGGAAAGUACGUUUUCGAGGACAUGGCGCGACUGAAAGGAGCGCAGCUACUUUUCCGUGCUGGACAUUACAUUUCACUUUGCGCCCUCCUUGUUUUUUGUAUCACCUCUCUAAACCCCGUCAAUGCUGUCGCUACGCCGAGGGUCCUGAAAGGCACUACGCCAGAUGAGGGGGAAUCCUACAGCAAAUACUACAACUAUGAGGAUCUGACUCGACUGUUGAAAUCCCUGGCAGCGAAAUAUCCACAUAUUGCCGAUUUAACGAGCAUCGGGCAGUCCGUGGUGCACCGAGAGCUGUGGGUAAUGCGAAUCACAAAGGAUCCUCAUGUCGAUCUACCAGGGAAACCUAAAGUCAAAUACGUGGGGAAUAUGCACGGGGAUGAGACUAUUUCUAGACAGGUCUUGGUGUAUUUGGUGGAGUAUUUGCUUGAUCGAUAUGGCUCUGAUCCACGUGUGACCGAGUUGGUCAACAACACGGAUAUUUACAUCAUGCCAAGUAUGAACCCCGAUGGCUUUGAGAAGUCCAUAGAGGGGGACUGUAACGGAGACGCCGGUGGUCGGGAGAAUGCUAACAGCCGUGACCUCAACAGAAGUUUUCCAGACCAGUUUGCCAACAUCAAUGUCCCAGAAUCGGAGAUCCCCGAAGUCAUGGCUGUCAUAAAAUGGAUCCAAGAUAACAAGUUUGUGCUGUCUGCGAACCUCCACGGAGGGACGGUGGUGGCCAGCUACCCGUUCGAUGACUCUCCCCGCCACCUGACGGAGGGCUUCUACAGCCGCACCUCAGACGAUGCCCUGUUCAGGCACCUGGCGCGGGUCUACGCCUCCAACAACCCCGCCAUGGACAAGGGCGAGCCCAACUGCAAGGACGCGCCCGACGAGCGCUUCAAGGAUGGCAUCACCAACGGCGCCCGGUGGUAUGACGUGCCUGGUGGGAUGCAGGAUUACAACUACCUGCAUGGAAACUGCCUGGAGACGACGAUGGAGCUGAGCUGCUGCAAGUACCCGCCCGCCUCGGAGCUGCUGCGGGAGUGGGAGAACAACCGGCAGGCCCUGCUGGCCUACAUGGAGCAGGCCCACAUCGGAGUGCGAGGGUUUGUGAGAGACGCCAGGAACGGGGCGGCGUUGCCAGACGUCAGGAUUUUAGUGGCGGGCAUCAAUCACAACAUCACUACGGGGCGCUUCGGAGACUAUUACCGACUGCUGCUGCCAGGGAACUACAACGUUACUGCCAUGGCUGAAGGGUACACGCCCAUGGUUGUUACCAACGUACAGGUUGUGGAAGGCAAAGCCUCGGAGCUCAACUUCACCCUGGCCCCCUUGGCUGCUGAUACCCCUGCCGCCGCCGCUGCUGCUGGUGCCGUGACCUCUAAACCCCCUACAGCGACCACCACCACCACCGCCACCCCUGCCAGCCCCACCGAAAACACGGCAGCCCACACAGGCAAUGACGGCGGUGGUGCCAUCCCAGAGAAUUCUGGCUCGGAGACCAGCGCAGAGUCCGGCUCCUCCACGUCUGGUUCUGCUGCUGACCCGGCUUCUCCUCCUGCCGGGGGUGGUGCUGGUGCUGGGUCCGGGUCCGGUACCGUUGCCACGGAGCCGGUGGAGCCCGAGGACUUUCGGCACCACCACUACCAAGACAUGAUGCUCUUCCUGCUCAAGUACAGUGCCAAGUGUCCCGCCAUCACGCACCUCUACUCCGUAGGCAAGUCAGUGGAGGGCCGCGAGCUGUACGUCAUGGAGAUCUCCGACAACCCCGGGAUGCAUGAGCCAGGUGAGCCUGAGUUCAAGUACAUCGGCAACAUGCACGGUAACGAGGUGGUGGGCCGCGAGCUGCUGCUCAACCUCAUCGAAUACCUGUGCCGUAACUAUGGCGUUGACCCCGAGGUCACGCUGCUGGUCAACAGCACACGCAUACACAUCAUGCCCUCCAUGAACCCUGACGGCUACGAGAAGGGCAGGGAAGGUGACGUUCGUGGAUACGCAGGGCGAAACAACAGCAACAACUACGACCUGAACCGGAACUUCCCAGACCAGUACACCACCAUCACAGAGCCACGGCAACCGGAGACCAUCGCCGUGAUGAACUGGCUGAGGUCCUAUCCCUUUGUGCUGUCUGCCAACCUCCACGGAGGGUCGCUGGUCGUGAAUUACCCGUACGACGAUGACCCCGCAGGCCGCACGCAAUACAGCAAAUCGCCGGACGACGAGGUUUUCAAAAUGGUCGCCCGUGCCUACUCUGAGGAGAACGUCCUUAUGCACAACGGGCACCCCUGUGAGAAACUUUACCCUUCGGAGUUCUUCAAAGACGGCAUCACCAAUGGCGCCAAGUGGUACAAUGUCCCAGGAGGCAUGCAGGACUGGAACUAUGUGAACACCAACUGUUUUGAGGUGACCAUUGAGCUGGGCUGUGUCAAGUACCCUCAUGCCAGCGACCUGCGCAGCUACUGGGAGCAGAACCGCAGAGCCCUGCUGCGCUACAUGCACCAGGUCCACAAAGGAGUGAAAGGGAUGGUCAUUGACCUGACCGAUGGCACCGGCAUCCCCAAUGCCACCAUCAGCGUGGACGGCAUCAACCACCACGUUAGGACCUACAAGGAUGGCGACUACUGGAGACUUCUGGCGCCCGGUGUAUACAACAUCACGGCCACUGCACAAGGCUACUCCCCCAUGCGCAUCACAGUCAGCGUCCAGGAGAAGGAGGCUAUGGAGGUCAACUUCCGGCUGCCGCGGCUGGGAGGCGCCGGCGGCCUUAGCGGCGGCGAGGGCUCGGACCCGGUGACGAGGGGAGCGGCGGAGCUGGCGGACCAGGAGUUCCAGGGCUUCAUCAGGCGCCUGUCCAUCGGCUCCGGGCUGGACCAGCUGAUCCUGGACACCUCGGCCACGGCCACGCAGGGCAGCCUCAGCUACCACAACUACCAGGGCCUGUCCGAGUUCAUGCGCGGCCUCAACCUCAACUUCCCCAAGAUCGUCUCGCUGCGCAAUCUGGGUCAGAGUUGGGAGUACAGGACCAUCUGGGCGCUGGAGAUCUCCAACAACCCGGACGUUCCGGAACCCUCCAAGCCCAAGAUCCGCUUCAUGGCCGGUAUCCACGGCAACGCGCCGGUGGGCACAGAGCUGCUGCUGGAGUUUGCCACGUACCUGUGCAUGAACUACGGCAAGAACCCGGCCAUCACCAGGCUCAUCAAUGAGACCAGGAUCAUCAUCGUGCCCUCCAUCAACCCAGACGGCCGGCAGCAGGCCCGUGAGCAGCAGUGCAACUCCACCCUGGGCAAGACCAACGCCCGUGGGAAAGACCUGGACACUGACUUCUUUGGUAAUGCCUCCCAGCGUGUGGUGGAGGCUCAGCCGGAGACCCGUGCGGUGAUGGACCUGAUCCUGGAGAAGGGCUACACUCUGUCUGUGGCGCUGGAUGGAGGCUCCGUCCUGGCCACCUACCCUUAUGAUAAGCCCGUGCAGUCAGUUGAAAAUGAAGAGACACUGAAGUAUCUGGCAAAGGUUUACGCUGACAACCAUCCCACCAUGCCUGGAGACACGGGAUGUCCUGGGGAAAGCACAACAAUGAAUGGUGGCUUUCUGCGGGCUGCGGAGAAGCACAGCCACAUGGGCAGCAUGAAGGACUUCAGCAUGGAUUUUGGCCACUGUCCUGAGAUCACGGUGUACACCAGCUGCUGUCUGUUCCCCCCUGCUGACCGGCUGGCCGCUCUCUGGGCCGAGAACAGGAAGCCGCUGCUCCGCAUGCUGGUGGAGGUGCAUAAGGGUGUGCGUGGAGUGGUGCGGGACAAGAGCGGGAAGCCUAUCGUGGGUGCCAUGAUCGUGCUGAAUGGGGGCGUGCGGGUCUUCACCAGCGAGGGAGGAUACUUCCACGCACUCCUCGCCCCUGGCUCUCACAACAUCGAGGCCGUCGCCGAGGGAUACCAACAACAACGACAAGAGGUGAUAGUGUCUGCCUAUCAAGCUGCCAUGUCCAUUGUCAUUGAGUUCGACAUGGACAACCGUAUAUUUGGCCUGCCCAGGGAGUUUGUUGUGGCCACUGCAGCUGCCUCCAUGACGGCCCUCAUCGUCACGGCCUGCAUCAUCUGGUGCGUUUGCUCGGCCAAGUCCAACCGGCAGAAGGACGGCUUCCACCGGCUGCGGCAGCAACAUGACUACGACGACGAGAUCCACCUGACCUCCAUGGGCUCCAAGAAGUCGCUGCUCAGCCACGAGUUCCAGGACGACAGCGAGAGCGAAGAGGACACGCUCUACGCCAACAAGAUGUAACGCAAGAUGUUGGCCACCGCACAGCACCGCACUGGGACAGAGCCUCCCAACCGCCAUGCCAUGCCGUGCUCCCGUCGCCUCCUGCCUUUCCCUACCGUACCUACCUGCGCCAACCUGCCCCCUACCGCACUAGCCCUUUCUCAUGUGCACCGCUCAAGGUCGCCUCCCUGCUGGAGACUCUGAGAAGUGCAUCAAAAGGCAAUCCCCCAUCCAUACAAAGACAUACAGUACAUACACAAAUAUAAAUGUCUAUUCCCCCAACUCCCCCAAUAACUAAUGAGGACCCAAUUCGGGGCCCCCUCUCUCUCUGGGCCUGGGACAAUGGACCCUUUUGUCUCCCAAUAUCAGCUACCCUACUCCACACUAUCCUGCAUCAGAGACUUCUGGUUACUCAGACUCGGCAUGUGGCUGCUGUACCCUAGAAGAGACAGCAGGUGGCACAGUGCUGUGAGUGACCAUACCCCCCCUAACCCCUUGAACUACUGCCCUCCCCUCCACAGUGCUCACACAGAGACUGCCACUGUGUUUGCACCACUGCUGCCCCCUAGAGUCAAAAAUCAAAAAUGUGGAUGCCAUCACCUCCUCCCUAUUUUGUUGUCCGUCCUCUCCAAAGCAAGUCCAACAACCUUAGCUAGUAACCACAUGGCACCCGCCUGUGCCGCGUCAUGUCUGUCUGUUGAAUUGAUCGAAGAAAAAACCCAACCCCUCUGGAGUGAUUUCAUGCAAUACAGUGCCUUGAGAGAUGUCGGUCGAGGGGGUUCAGUUCAUUCGCCUGCCUUCCUGCCGCGGCAGCACGACUUGUGAGCGUGUAUGUGUGUUGUAUGUAGAUGAAUUGGUGGUGCAAGGCAGCAAAAGUUGGUUGCUCUCUCUUUCUCUCUCAAGUAGAAUGGAAAGUGGUCGACUCAGGUUCCCUUUCCUGGGUUGUGGUUGUAGCACGACGACACACACAUACAUACAAGAAGAUGAGGUGUCGGAAGAGUGGAAAUCACUGCUAGCAUUGCUAGCUUUGCCUCAUGUGGACGGUGUGUUCUCUGUGUGUAUGGGGGAGGGUGUCCUGACUUAGGGAAGUUUACAAAACAAUGUUGAGCCAUGUCUAAAUUCAAUAUAAAAUGUCUAGUUUUGUACUUAGGAAUCCAAGGAGUGGUUUUGGGAUGGCAAGAUGACGGGUUUUCCAUGUACCACUCGUAGCUGACCAGCCAAGAUGUUUGUUCGGUCCACAUUGAGCAUUUGCUUCUUUUUAAACACUGUGGAGUCACGAUCAGAAUUGCCAUAGUAGAGUAGACUUCUAUCCACCCAACUGGUGGGGGUAAAAAUACAUCUGCAUUUGCGCACCAUACAAACGCACCUUGGCCGUCGCACUGUGGUUGUUGUUGGUACAUGGAAAAAAGUUUGUUACAUUUAGCUUCGCCUCAAAGCGUUCCAGUAACGGCUCAAUGAGUAUGUGAUGGAGGACAUAAAUGCAUACAUAGUAGUACAUACAUUUAAAUAUACCAGCAUGAUACCUUAUAGCCCCUACCCCCAAACCCCAUGUCCUGUCCAAAGUUUCAUUCACGCACACCUGCAAGGACACGUGUAUAUAUAUCAAGCACAAGAAUUCCUGACAAAAGCUUAUGCCACAGGACUCCUCAAACUUCACCAAUUAAAAAGGAAAGGUUCCACUUAAAUUGAUGCAGGCGUCAUACGAAUGACAUAACAGUGUCAUGACACAGUCAUGAGUGAGUUGUAAACUUGGUGUCAGUGUCAUAAAUGUUUUAUGGUCAUACAAAUUUGACAUUGUUAGGGCGGUCUUUGCCAUAACCAAAUGUCACUUAAUGAUAAAGUCAUAAAAUGUAUGACACAUGAACGACUGCAUUACGACACUGUUAUGAUAUUGUUAUGUCAUGCGAAUGACGCCGGCGUCAAGUGAAGUGUUAGCAAAGGAAAGAUGUCUGGAAUAGGUGUUGGUUGGUUGGAAGAGGUUUGGAAAGCUGUGUCGCUAGCACCAUCUGCUGACACAGACCUGUAAAGGCACCCUGUACAAUUCUGUCCUUCAAUGAAAAAAGGCUAAUGUUGCACUUUUCCCGUCCAUGGGUGGACAGAGGCAUGGGCUGUUCAGCACCAGCCCCACUGUCACUGUUCACAGUCACCGGUCAGCAUGCAAUAUACUGGUGGCGAAUCCAUCUUCUGCAGAAGGAGGUUUGACAUGCCUGAAAUAUUUAUGUUUUUUUGUUGUCGUCUGGGG